AUGCCCGCAUUUCUCGAUUUGGGGAUUAGAGAUCUAAUGCCUGAAGAGGAUGUUGAGUCAGAGUCUCAAGACCUGGAAAACCUGGAUACCGGCAGUAUAGACGAUAACGGUAGCCUUGAUCACAUCUCUUCAGAGGAUAUGGAUGAGGCAUGUCGUGCCGCCCCUACUCCAGGCGUCAUCAACAGAGCAGCCGAUGCUGCACGUAUUCCACUUGCCAGGCUUUCCGACCAUUCAAAUUAG